AUGGGUAUGUAUGACAAGUGCGGGAGUAUGGGAGAUGCGCGCCAAGUUUUGGGGAAUAUGAGGGAGGCGAAUAGGUGGUCAUGGAAUAGCAUAAUAGGAGGUUAUAGAAGGCAUGGAGAGAGUAAAGAGGCGUUGGCACUGUUUCGUCAAAUGCGGAGAAGAGGUGUUUCAGCGGACGAGUUUAUCUUGGCUACAAUCCUCCCAGCCUGCGCCCAAAUGGAGUGCUUGGAAGAGGGUAUGGAAAUCCAUCAAAGCAUUAUCAAAGGCGGUUUUUUGGCUGAUGUUGUUGUCGUGAAUGCCCUAAUAGACAUGUAUGAAAAAUGUGGAAGUAUGAACAAGGCACGCUAUUUGUUCGAUAAAAUGCGUAAUUCAAACGUUGUAUCGUGGACCGCCAUAAUUACAGGAUAUGCAAGAAACGACGCUGUUGAUGAGGCCUUAUUGCUUUUUGCAGAAAUGCCACAACGAAACGUUGUUUCGUGGGCUGCGAUCAUCACAGGUUGUACCCAAAAUGAGCUAGUUGAAAAAGCUUUGGCCAUAUUUAAGGAAAUGCAAUUGGUUGGUGUAAAGCCCAGCUCAGAAAUUUUUACAAGUGUCUUCCAAGCUUGCGCCAAAGAGAGAGAUUUGAAACACGGCGAGGAGGUCCAUCAAAGAAUGGUAGAAAGUGGCGUUUUUUUGGAUGCUGUACUAAUGACUGCUCUGAUAGACAUGUAUGCAAAAUGUGGGAGAAUACACAAAGCGCGCCAAAUGUUUGACAAAAUGGCUCGCCGUGAUUCAGUUUCAUGGAAUGCAAUGAUAGCGGGAUAUGCCCAGAAUGGCAAUCUUGACGAAGCUUUGAAACUUUUUAAAGAAAUGCCUAGGCAAAAUGUGGUUUCAUGGACUGCACUUAUUGCGGGAUAUGCACAAAAUGGGUUUAUUGAAAAAGCCUUGGAGGUAUUUCGUGAAAUGCAAUUGGCACGGGUACAGCCUAACUCGGCAACCUUCGCCAGCAUUCUCCCAGCUUGUGCCAAACUUGGAGCUUUGCAACAGGGUAUGGAAAUGCAUCAGCAGAUAGUUGAAAGCAGGUUUUCAUCUGAAAUUGUCGUCGCAAAUGCCCUCAUAGACAUGUAUGCAAAAUGUGGAAGCAUACAGAUGGCACGCAAAUUGUUUGAUAAAAUGCGUAAUACAAAUUUUAUUACGUGGACUGCGAUUAUUUCAGGAUAUGCAAUGCAUGGUUAUAGCAAGGAUGCUCUCAAACUCUUUGAUCUAAUGAAGCAUUCUGGAACCAAUCCCGACCAUGUAAGCUUUGUUUGGGUUCUAUAUGCAUGCAGCCAUGGAGGUCUGGUAGAGCAGGGCUGUGAAUACUUCAAUAGUAUGAGUCACUUUGAUUGCAUUUUACCUAGAAUAGAUCACUACAUAUGUAUGGUUGACCUCCUUGGCCGUGCUGGCUAUAUUGAGGAAUCCCUAAAUUUUAUCAUCAAGAUGCCAAUAAUACCUGAUGUUGUUGUGUGGGUGAGUUUGCUUGGCUCUUGUAGAUCGCAUAAGAAUAUAAAGAUAGGAGAAUUAGCAGCAACACCUCUCCUUGAGUUGGAUCCUAAAUGUGUAGCAUGCUAUGUUCUUCUGUCAAAUAUUUAUGCACAAGUGGGCAGGUGGGAUGACGUUCACAAGUUGAGGAAUUUGAUGAAAGAUAGAAAAAUUCAAAAGAUACCUGGAUGUAGUUGGAUUGAAGUCCAUAAAAUGGUACAUGUAUUUUGUGUAGGAGAUAGGUCACAUUCCCAAACACCGGAGAUCUACUCAUAG